AUGGAGGAGGGUUCUACUCUCUUGAUUCCGCACUUCCCUGAUAGAGUAAAGUCCAUCAUAAACCUUGAUGGGGACUACUGGAUUGGGCUUGUGGAUCAGACAACAGUCUUGAAGUAUCCUCAAAACAAAGAAUACCUGAGUGGUCUCGCCGCUGAAUGGGAGAUAUACCAGAGACUCGGCAAACAUCCCCGCAUUACCGAAGUAAAGGGGAGACACAAGGACGGGGGUAUAUUUCUGGAGUACUUCCAGAACGGGUGGUUGGAUCAGUACUUGCUCAAAAACCCGAAGCUCAGUGUCGGAACGAGGCUACGGCUCGCUCAGGAGACUGCCGAAGGAGUCGCUCAUGUCCACCAGCAAAACAUCCUGGUCUGCGAUAUCACUGCCCGGAACAUCCUGCUCGACAGCGAGCUCCACGUCAAGCUGUGCGACUUCCAGGGCAAGAUCUUGGGGCCCGACGGCACGAUCCUGCUCGCUGGAGAUUCAUCAGAACUACCAGAUGCAUGCAAGCCUCGUGACGAUCCAUACGACCAUGACAUCAGCACAGAUAUCUUCGCCCUUGGCUCGACACUCUACUUCAUCAUGGCCGGCCAUCAACCGUUCUCCGAACUGAAUAUCAUUGAAGACGAGGUGAAGAUCCGCGAUUCCUUCCGGCAAGGGCGGUUUCCCCGUGUUGAUGUGGCCGAAGAGAUUAUUCAUAGAUGUUGGAGUAGCACAUAUACUUCUGUACAAGAGAUAGUCGACGACCUCUCUGACCUUAGACGCAAGUCGGAGACAGGGCUAUCGCUCCGGGAAGACUGA